CAGACAGAAUCACAGGGAAAGGGUGAGAGAGCGAUAGAGAGAGAGGGAGAAAGAAAGAGAGCUAGAGAGAGCACGAGAGAGAGAGAGCGAGAGAGAGAGGGUGUGUGUGUGUGUGUGUGUGUAUGUGAGUGAGGAGCGCAGUGGAGAGCAGAGCAGUAGCAGAGAAAAGGAGACAGCGAGACAGAGAGAGAGCGUGUGUGGGUGUGUGUCUGUUUGUAUGCGCGAGAAAGACGACGGCAGGACAGAAAGGAAAGAAAGCGGCACGCCACAAGCCCAGACACCAGCCUCAGUGGUAACAACAGCGGGAGCAGCAGCAGUAGCAGCAGCAGAGACUGGAGGAGCGAUCGCAGGAGCAGGACUAGCCACAGCAGGAGACACAGAGAUGGAGAUGGAGAUGGAGUGCAGCAAGCCGCUGCCUCCUCCUCCUGCUCCAGUGACCGAGCCUCCCCAGCCGUCCGGGAGGCUCAACAAAGCCGCGUUCAGGCUGUUCAGCAGGCGGCGCACGGCAGGAGGAGGAGGCAUGGCCAGGUUCUUCUCCAUGCGGAACAAAGGAGGCGACGGUGGAGGUGGCAGCGGAGGAGGAGGAGGAGGGAACAAGGCGAUACCUAGGAGCAAGACGCAUGACGGAAUAACGGCGACGGCGGCAGACGGUGGUAAUGACAACGGCAACACCUCCACAUCUCCGCUGUCGGAUACCUCAGAGGGGGGAGGGAGGGCAGGCACCCUGGGGAAUCACGGCGCGGGCACGUCGACGGGCACCGCUGACCUCGGCACCAGCGGCAGGUUCUUUACUUCCUCUGGAUGGUUCUCCGCUUCCACGUCCUCCACCCUGCCCGGCGGCACCACCACCACGACACCCAGGGGCCCGCUGGGCAAGUCCAUCAGCUUCUUCUCCCUGCUGAGGCGCAACAGCGUGCGGAGGGAUGACGCCGGGGGCAGUGGCGGCGUUGGCGGAGGGUUGUCGGGACGCCGGAGGGCAGGACUGAGAGGCUUCUUCAGCAGUUGGCGCUGGAGACGAAAGCCGCGCUCUAAACCACAACAACAACAGCAGCAGGAUGACGAUGAUAACGAGGAGGUGCACAUGGCCAAGGAGGUGAGAGAGGGAGACGUCCUGUCGUCCCGCUCGGGCAGUGCGGAGGUGGUGAGGCGCGACGUUACCCUAAUGCCGAUCUCUGACCUGCAGCAGGCCCUGGAAGCGGCGGGAAGUCAGAGCUCAUUGAGUACGGCAGCGGAGGCCAUGGCCUCAAUGCAUUCUGGGAACCUGGAGGCAGACGUUCAGACUCAGGGUACUCAGGGAGGGGAGUCUGUGUCGGAGCUAAGCAGGGACUCACCCAUGACACCACACACUGUUUUCCAGGAGGGGUCACCUGAUGACUCUCCUCUCAGGGCACCGGGUGGCGAUAGUAGAGGGCACGGCCAGGACGACAACAAGCUGGGUAGUCCUGCCCGGUUGGCAUCGGACUCGGCACAAGACCCGGCGUGCAUGACCCCUCCUAUGGACCGCAGCCUUGCCGACCCCCCCUCUGAGCCCUCGGUGGACCGUCUGUGCUCCAUGUUCAACGACGUCACCUCGCUGAAGAGCUUCGACUCGCUAACAGGCUGCGGUGACAUCAUCGCGGACGUGGAGGACGAGCCCAGCAACGGCAACGGGAACGGGAACGGCACGAGCAGUGGCACCGCUAGCAGCGCUGGCACCACUGGCAGCAGCACGGGCCGCAGGCCCUCCGACAGGGGCUCCCCUGCCAAGCAGCCCGCUCUGGCCCCUCAGGCGACGUCACCACCCCUCCCCAAGUCCCCCGUGCCCCAGGUGUCCCCCUUCCUACCCGCCCACCAGCGCGUCCUGGCCACCUCGUCCUUAUCCGGAGCCGUGUCCUCAUCGAACCCGUCCAUCCUCAAGAAGCAGCCCUCUCCCCAGCCCCCAGCUCAGGGCAGCGGGGUGGUGGCCUACAUGGGCGGCGGUGAGGAGAUGGCCAGUCCCGAGGGGGUGGACGAUGCCGACAUGCAGGGGCUCUGGCACAUGCUGCCGCAGAAGGGCGAGGACUCGCCCGACCUGCCGCGCUCGGCCACCGUCCCCUCGGCGCGCACCGAGAAACGCACCGUGAAGCCUCUGGGUCUGAGCAAGAUCCCCAUUGGCAACGGCGGCGGCAGUGGGAACGGGCGGUCGGGUAAACAGCCGACCCCCACGCGUCCCUCCCCGCCCCCCGUGGAGAAGGAGGUCCAGGAGGCGCCGCCCAGCGACGAGGGCUACUGGGACUCCCCGACGCCCGUGGCCGAGGACGACGACGCCACCUUCCUGACGCGGGAGCUGCGUCUGCCUCGGGAGAGUUGCUCUGGCGAUGCCCUGUACGACCUGUACGACCCCGACAGCCCUAGCGCGCUCGGCUCGGACGAUGAGGACGCCAGCUCGCAGCAGUCCGCCUCCACGGGGACCGCCACGCUCAGCCCGCGCUCGCCGGCCAGCGAGACAUCCGACGGUACCCGCACCUCCUUCCGCUCCCAUAAGGGCAGCACGAGUCUCCCACGGGAGUCCAAGAUCCCUGUGAGUAAACGCCCGGCACCGCUGCCAUCGCUCCCGCACUCCUCCAGCCAGGGCGAGCUCUCCAAGUUGCUCAGCACCUCCAGGCCCACGAGUCCCCUCUCCGGGUCAAGGCCCACAACCCCCAUUUCCCCCAGGCCGCCCACGCCUGGGUCGAGAACCAACAGCCCGGCGCCGCCUCGCAAGCGACAACCCUUGGCGCCGGCCAAGUCCAGCAUCCCGCAGCCCACGCGCACACGGAUACCCGUCUCCAAGGUGCCAGUGCGGCGAACGACCAGCGGAAAGUCCGACACCAGCUGCGCUUCGAGCAACAGCACACGAACCAGGAGGUAGAAACUUUGGGCUGCUGUGCUGUGCUGCUCUAUUACACACAGAGCUGUACAAAGUAGAAGUAUAAAUACUCAUACAAACGUGUUACAACACUAGUGGUAUGACAUUACAUGGUUUAAACUUUGUAACACCACUAGUGAUGUAAUGACAUUGCUACGAGUACUUCUACUUUAUACAUCUCUGAUUACACAGAUGCACUACCCUCCACACUGACCACUUCACACACACAGGUAACACCAAUCAGAGCUUCAGGCCAAAAGCAAAAAAGACCCUACUUUUUUUCUUUUUCUUGAGGAUACACUUGAUAUGAAACUCACUCUGGCUCUCGCUCACAUAUUAGCCUUGAGGCAUCACGGAUGAUGGUGAACAGUCUUUCUCCUUGACCCACUUACGAGAGACACACACACAUGAUUUUUACAUUUUUAUUUCAUUUUGAGUAAUAUGUAACAUAUUGUGCUUAAUCUAAUGCACAUGUAUGUAGUACCUGUUUUUUUAUAUGUAACAACACAUUACUUCUUACUGAUUGAAAAGGUUUGGUUUGGCUUUUUAAUUUUUGUUUCUUAUUCUGUAUUCUUUUGUUCCCAAGAACCGUUUUCUUUUUUCUUCUCAGCACUGAAAAAUAGACUCUCUUAAAUGCACUGAAAAGCCUCGUUUGGACAUUAUACAUCCCCCCGGACAAUCUCAACCAGCAACUACUGGAGCCACUGGCCCUGGCCUUUCUCUCUCUCACUCUCUCUCUAACUCUCUCUCUCUCUCUCUCUCUCUCUCGCUCUCUCUCUCUCUCUCUCUCUCUCUCUCUCUCUCUCUCUCUCUCUCUCUCUCUCUCUCUCUCUCUCUCUCUCUCUCACACACACACACACACACACACACACACACACGUGAUCCAGGGGAAGUACAGCUGCAAGCUGUAGAUUCGUUCGCAGUGGGAUUUAAAAUGGAACAAAAUACAAAACAAAACACAAAACAACUCAACCAAUCUCCAACCAAACUUCAACCCCACACUCCCAACCCCACAAACUUUAACCCCCUCACAGCAACAAUGCAUGUUUUUCUGUAUACAGAGAACAGUGGCAGUUCUACCCAUUUGGGGGCCCUUGGCAAAAUGUAGUCAUGGGGCCCUCUUGAGUUGUUUUUGCUGGCAUCUACCAUGACGGGACUGACUGUUUCAGGGACCCAGUGGACAGUUUUGGUGGGGCCCUAGGCAUUUGCCUAGUCUGGUAAAACCUGCUCUGGCACAGGAUCAGGGAACACAAUCUCGGGUUCAAGACUCUCUCUUAAAUACCCAAAACAGCACUCAAAAACUUCCUACCAAUACAGUCCAGCAAGCUUCCAUUUUUAUUACUGAAUGCCUCUUACUUUGUUUUCUUACUGUUUUUAUCAGAUACGUGCUGUGACGACACUGAACACUGAACUGCUCUUUUGCAUACAGGAAUUGAUAUUGGGUUUUUUGUUUUUCUCCUUUCUCCUCCUCGGGAGCCCUGUGUUAUUUUGCCUGAGGACAUGGGUCCAGAAGGAAGCGGAGCUUCAGAUCUUCACAGCGGAAAGAACUCUAGAAUUCCCCCCACUGUGUCACUCUUUGUUCUCCUCACCACCAGGAGAUCCCAGAAUGUAGCAUGUCACCUCUUACGUAAUUCUGUUUAUGGGGAAUAUUUGAACGAGUGUGUGUGUGUAACUUUGGCUGUGUGUGUGUGUGUGCGUGUGUGCUUGUGUGCUGGUGUGUGUGCAGUGAUGGGUGACCUAGAUUCAGGCACUAAGCUACAAUAGGCUUCUUUAUAUUUCAAAAUCACCGUUCUACCUGUGUGCUCAAGAAAACUAACAAUAAGCCAAGAUUUAAAGAAUGUAUGAAAUGAACUCACGUCAUCCGUUUGUAGUCUGUGAAAUCUGGUUUCUCAUCACUGUGCAUGUGGGUGUGUGCUGUGUGGGUGUGUACGUGCAUGCGUGUGUGUGUGUUAAAUCACAUACACACUUGCAUCUUUUACGUACCUGUGGCUGUUCAGGGUAUAUAAAUAAACACCCCUUGUCCCUCCCUUUGGCUAAAGAGGGCAUGGGGCUUAAGCCAUGUGCGCUGUGAAUACAGGGUGAGAUGUACAACCGGGCACAGUUACAUGCCAGGAAUAAUCCGAUUUUAAACGGAAUGGUGGUGGUAUUCACAGAAGUCAUGUAAACUCUUUAUUCUUUCCGAAUGUGGUCGCGUUUCGGGAGUAUUCCUGCUGCAGAGCGCUGUUUCACACUACUAAAUGGAAUAUUCCGGAAACUUGUUUUAAACCGAAUACUGAGAAUAUUCUGUUGGAAACCUCGGAUAUUCCAUGCAUAUAACUGUGCUCACUGUUAGAAUGCUACCUGGCCAAUUCUGUUCUAUUCUGUUAACCCUUUCUGCACAACCGUGUUGUGUUGUGUUGUGUUGAUCUACCAAUUCUACUAUUGUUUGAUAUGUUUUUUUUACACACACGAGAGAGGUAGACGGACCGCAUAAGUCCUGCUGUGUUACUUUUCUCUUUUUUUAAAUAAUGUUGUUUGAUUCUCACUUGUUUUUGUCACCCCUCCUCCACACUCACUCUCUCCCUCUUUUUCUUUCUCAGUCUUUCUCUGUUUUUUUCUCUGCUCCUGUGUUACUGAAUAAAGCAUUGUGAGUGUAA